AUGGCGACGAUCGACAGCCAUGGCUUCGAGACUGUCUCUCCCGAUGACAAGAGAGGAUGGCUUUGGUUCUAUUUCAUUUCCCGGCUAUUCGCUGUCUUCGCUCUGUGCUCCGCCAAGGUAUCACUACUGAUCUUCACACGACGGAUCUUCUCCGGCAACUUCCACCACGAGAAGAGGUGUUUUGCGUUUGCGUACACCCUCACGGCUAUCUACGGUAUCGUGGCCGUGACCGCGAGCUCUGCGGGCUGUCGUCCGAGACGAUCGCUGCGCUAUGGAGACGGAGCGAUGUGUCCUGGGGCCGUCGAGAGAUGGUCCAUCAUAACGACGCUGGACGUCAUCACCGAACUCAUGCUGAUAUGCGUACCCAUGUACUUCGUCAGCAAGAAUCACAUCAAGCGGUCGAAAAAGAUGAUCGUGGUCUUUGUCUUCUCCUUCCGGCUGCUGGUGGCCACAUUCUCGAUUAUCUCGACGGUGACCUACCUGAAAUACAUCCACCAUCAGGGAGACGCCACCGCCAUCGCACCAACUGUGGCUUGGCAGGAGGUCCUGUUGGGCUUCUCACUAGUCUCGGCCUCCAUUCCAUGUCUACGCUCCUUCCUCUGGGCAUUCAUGUCGACCGGCUUGAUGACCAACUACGGGACAAAAGCAGGACUGAGCGGUGUCCUACGCGAAGAAGGCAGUCCGCUCUCCAGCCCGACUGCGAACCCUACCGCACCAACGCGAAACACGACUCCGAACGAAGCCGAAGCGGCUAAUGGCCUACCACACCCCCUACGACCAGACAGGACCAAAUACAACGUCAGCGUGCAAACAAGAUCGCGUCUCGAGGACAGGGCCACAACGUCGUCGAAGAGUGCGAACACACCAAGUGCUGGUAGCGCGCAGAGUGGGCCGUUGGUAAUUCAGCACACCAGGGAGGUCAAUGUCAAGCGCUCGUGA